CAUUAAUUGUAACACUAGACACAAUUAAUUAAAAGGUAAUUUCUCUUCUAGUAUCAUUAACCUCACAAGAAUGAUUAAAAAACGGAAAAUGGAAAAGCAUUCACUAGAAUCUAGUACACUGGUGGGAAUUGUUGAAGCAAGAAAGCCAACUACUCGACAUACACUGAUUGUAACAAUUAUAUUGUGCAGUCUGACUGUUAUAUUAAUGACGGUUGGAAUAAGUUUAAAGUUGGCUUAUGGACCAUCAUUAUAUUAUCAUGAUGAAAAUUUUUGGCUUGCAGUAACUGGACUAAUUCUACUGGCGAUAUCCUUUCCAAUUGGUAUCACCUCAGCCUGCCUUCUCAGUACACUAUUUCGUAUUAAAGAGUAUAUUGAGUAUACGGAAUUACGUAAACGUAUGCUGGAAAGUCAGGUUUCUGCAAAGCCUAAUGAAAAGAUGCUUAACAAAUGAUAGAUUCCUAGCGAAGAGUGUUAGGUGAAUUCAGGGGACAAAACGCAAUUCUGUAUCUAUCUUUGUACGUGUAGAAGGCAUCAUCAUUUUUGUAUAGACAAAUCUUAAAAUCUCUUUCUGAUUGUUCAGUUUUUGAUACCUCCGAUGCCUCCCUUCCCAGCCCGCGCUCCCAAGUGUGAUGAAAACUGUGAGAUUGUUUCAAAUGCUGAUUGAUUGUGUAUUUCAGCUUUUUUUUUAGCUUAGCUAUGAGUUGUAGUCAUACAAAAAGGCAAAGAAACAAACAACUUUUGUACAAAAUUAUUCUUUUUUUUAUUAUAAAACUUUUCAACAUAUUUUGUCUUCCCUACUAUUGAAUUCUAAGUUAACUUUAAUGUCAGUGUAGAGCUUAGCCAGCACUGUGGUGGUCGAAUGUAAUUCUAUAACUAGAUAAGUUU